AUGAAGCCCACUUCCAUCGUUUUCCUCGCGACAGCAACGCUAGUCGCUUCUUCGGCCCUGCCCAAGGAUCUGACCGAGAGACAGGCACCGAAGUGCAAGAUUUUCCAGAUCUUCAAGUCGCCGGAUGCCACAUCGGGUGGCGCUCCCAAGUUCGUGGGCACGCCGCAGUGCUGUUGCAUAAACGAGCAGUGCCACGUCGUCGACCGAGAUGACGGCAUCAACACCUCGGCGGAUCUCAACGCGAAUCUGGCGGGAGACUUCAGAAUCAUUGAUGCCCGCAGCGCCGACAAGGGGAAGAUUGGGUCUAACGACAUUCGUGGUUCUACCUACACAGUCGGAGCACAGGGAGGUUGCACCAAGUAA